AUGGGCCCGGCGGUGCUCGGGCGGCUGCCCGCUCUCCCCGCGGCCCCGCGGCCCGGCCGCGCCCCGCCGCCCUCCCGGGCCGCGCAGACGGGCGGUGCCGGAGCCCCGCGGCCGCGCCGCGAUCUCUACGAGGUGCUGGGAGUGCCGUCCACGGCCACGGCGGCGCAGAUCAAGACGGCGUACUACGAGCAGUCCUUCCGCUACCACCCCGACCGCAACGCGGGCAGCGCGGCCGCGGCCGCUCGCUUCGCCGCCGUCAACGAGGCUUACCGGGUGCUGGGCAGCGCCGCGCUCCGCAGCAAGUACGACCGCGGGCUGCUGAGCGCCGCCGAGCUGCGCGACGCUCCCCGGCCCUCGGGCCGCGUCGCCGCCGCCCCGGGGCCGCCCCGCGCCCCCGCCGCCCGCCCCGGGCCCGGCCAGACCCCCUUCGACUUCGACGCCUUCUACCGCGCGCACUACGGGGAGCAGCUGCAGCGGGAGCAGAUGCUGCGGGCGCGGAGGGAGCAGCUGCGGCUCCAGCGGGAGGAGUUCGCGGCGCAGGGACGCCUCCGGGCCCUCUCGGAUCUCUCCAUCGGGCUCCUCUUCUUCCUGGGCGUUGCUCUCAUCUACGGCCUCAAGUGACGGCCGGGCGGCCCGCGGGGUGUCCCCGCAGCUGGACAGUGUCGCUGGGGGUGUGCCCUGCACCGCCCCGCGUCUGCUGCUCGCGCUGUGGCAUUGCACCCUGCCAGCGUGACCUUGGGACACACAGUGCCCUGGCUGGCACAGGCUGUGCCCUCGGGGUGCCUCUGGGGACGCAGCCUGGGCCAGGCCACUCAGGGUGACCUUGCAGGAGCUCUUGAUGUGCCCCCUCAGCCAACACCUCCUGCACAGUGCCUGGCAAGUGAGCACAGCGCUGGACUCUGGCCUGGAUGUGUCCCCUCCUUGGCACAGCUGUGUGGCCCUGGGUGCCUGCAGAGAUUAAAGGCUGUCAGAGGUGCUGUGUGUGUUCAGCUGUGCCUGUGGUUCCUGCUGCUGCCAGGCCUGUGCUGUCACAGCUGCUGGUGCUCCUGGAGCUCCUGGUGUCCCAGCUGCACCACCCUGUGAGAAUGGCAGGUACAGGUACAGGGGGCUGAGAUCAGACCUGAAAAAUGAAACCUGAGCCCGUGGCCUGGUCAGUGUGUGACACUGCCUGGAGCUGUGUGACAGCACUUUGGUGUCUGCGGUCCUGUGUCCUGUCUGGGGCCUGCCAGGAGCUUCACAGCACCCCUCCCUGUGAGGAGUUUGGCUGUGGUGCCCCUGUGAGCACCCAAUGCUGUUCUCUGUGUCUUACACGUGUCUGAGCAUCGUUUGCACAAGAGCAUUUGCCUAUUUAAAUACUGAAGUGUUUCAGGAACUGAAGAUUGUGUUUCUCAGAGCCUUUUCUCUCUCCUUGGGUGAAGGUUCACCUGUGCUGCUGCUGCCUGGAGGGAGAGAAGCUUCCUGGCCAUGGCCUGAGUGUGCCAAGGACUGUGUGGGACCCUGGGUUUGCUGUCAGUGGGGUGAGCAGGAGCCCAAGCCCUGUCCAGAGCCUGGGUUGUGUUUUGUCCCAGCACAAGAAUGUCACAAGUGAAUGGAUUCCUGUGUCUGCAUUUCUGUGCUCCUGCUCAGAGCCUGGGGCAGGGGCACAGCAGGGACACCCAGGGACAAGGAGCAGGCUGGGCAGGCAGUGGGGAAAGAGGAAAAGAAUGACACACAGCCAGACAAGAAGAGUCUGAAACCAACCCAAAAGCUAAAUCCAGCACAAUGGACAUGGCACAGCAGGAAACAAACCCCAGGAGUCUGCAGCUGGAGGAACCAGGGGAUGGGGAACAUGCUGGGGGAUGGGGAGCAGCACCCCUGCACUCACCAUCCACUGGGUGACACUGAGGAAAGGAACAGAAGGGGCUGGGAUGGGACAGGCUGAGAGCUCAGGCCUCCUGUCACUCUCUCCACUGAGGGCUGGUGGGAUGGGGGAGGUGGGUGAGGAAUGCCAAAGGGCACCGUGGGCCCUGAGGGGAUGAGGAAGGCACAUCUCAUCCCUUGGGCUGGGAUGGGAAAGGGAUGAGAUCCCACACAAGUUCAGGCUGAUGUGAGCAGUGAGCAAGCCCAGCUGCCUACGGGGUGUAACCCUCCAUGGGGUGAGGGCUUUCUGCUGGCACGAGGCAUCUCUGGGCACCUUCCCCAUGUGCAGGGCCAAACUGCUCCUUGGCACCUCUCCUGCCUGUGCAGGGUUGCUCAGCAUUGCCCUCUGCCUGCUCUCAGCAGCUUGUGCCACCUCCAGCUGCUCACUAGAGGCUGCUGCAUGCUCAGCCCAGCGGCAGAGGGAGCUUUCCAAGGUCCCCCCUGGUGUCAGUCUGUCCCUUCACUGGGAUCACAGCCCUGGGAUGUCACAGGAGCCUGGUGUGCCCUGCUAAAGGGAACUCUCUGGAGUUGUGGCUCUGGCACCUGCUGAUGCAUUUUCAUGCUCACCUUCUGUAAACAAAUCACUCAAAAGAUCAGGGGCAGCUUUUUGGGCAGGGUUUGGCAGGAAGCAUUACUCUGCAGGCUGGAAGAGCCAGCAGUGUCCAUGGCACUCCUCUGGCUCCCUCCCAAACAGGGGGUGUGGAGUUCCUGCUGCUGGCUCUUCUCUUCCUCCUCAGGUCUCUGUGAUGUAUCUUGAAGAUUAAAGACAUCCAGCCAUAAAUUGGUGACAAAAUGACACAUCUUUCUUGUGGUGGGCCUGGGUGGUAAAUAUUCCUUGCACUUGCUGGAAAGCAGGGCUGAGGGGCUGUGACUGUUCACAGGGGUCUUAUGUUGAGGGAAGAGACGAGGAUCUGACUCCAUGUUUCA